AUAACAACCACUGAAUCGACGAGCAUUUUUUUGAGAUCAUCCUACUGAACGAAGAAUGGAAAAUAUGCCACAAGUGAAUCAGGAAACUCAAACUCAAGUUUCUGGCAGAAAGGCCAAUAUGUAUUUGCAAUUAUUGGCUGAUUUUAAGGAAGAAAAGCGGGAAGUAUUAGAUAUGCUAGAAGAUUCAGAUGAAGAUGACGAGGAUUUAGACGAGGUCUCUAUGGAUCGUUUGAAAGAAAUCAACAAUAGAAUCGUAUCCUUGUUCAGUGCUUAUGUGAGUUCGGCACCACAAAAUGACCAUGCACAAAUAUCUGAUCUCUAUUUAGGACUAUUGGCUGGUUUUAAGAAAGAAAGGUCGAUCAUAUUUGGGAUGGUGACGGAAUGGGAAUUAGAUGGAGAUCAACUGGAAGUUUAUAUUGAUCGCUUGAAUGAAAUCGACAGUAAAAUUGUGUCCCUAGUUAACGCUUAUGAGAGUUUAGCACCACAAAAUGACGACCAAAAUGUUGAUAUGUACUCAAGAUUAUUGGCUGGUUUCAAGAAAGAAAAAUUGCGCAUAUUGGAGUUAAUAAAAGGAUGGCAAUACGAAGAUGUACUACAAUUGUGGAAAAAUCGCUUGACUCAAAUUGACAAUAGUAUUUUUGCCAUGCUUGACAAAAUGUAG